AGUUGUUUCUAGUGCAGUAUCCGAAACUGCAGUAGACGAUUUGACCAGACCCCAGCAGCAGCAGCGGCAGCAGCAGCAGCAGCAGACCACCAGCAACAAGACACAGGGGCAUCACCAUGGCUGACCCAAGAGGUGAUGCACGCAACGAUGCUGAUAUGGCCGUCAGUGUGGCCGCCCCAGACCCUAAGAACGUCCAGGAGCUCACCACAUAUGUGACAGUUCUACUGCAGCAAAUGCAGGAGCGAUUCCAGACGAUGUCAGACCAAAUAAUAUCAAGAAUAGAUGAGAUGGGGACUCGCAUUGAUGACCUGGAGCGAAACAUUGCUGACUUGAUGACUCAAGCUGGACCAGAAGAAACUGACAAAUGAAUAUCAGAUUCUUAAAUAUUACAAUUGUGCAAUUAUAUAUGAGAAGACUAAAAGUCAUAUUGAUCACAGGAUGAAGCAUCACACAUUUUUGAGGUAACUCAAUUGGUGACAAUGGAUGUUAUCAUUCUUAUUUUCUAUAAUAAGACAGAUACCACGAGAUUAAAAUGCUAAUACCAAAUGUCUACUAUAUUUGUGAUGAUUUUAACAGAAGUAUAAACUUUUUUUUUUUUAACUAGAAAUGUAUACCAUCUGAUUUUCACAAUGAGACAUUAGUUUAGUAAUGUACACAGUUUAUGUACAUAGUAAGGCAAUUUGCAUUGCUUUUUUCAUAAUUAUUGUUAUAUUGUACUGUUUUUGAAGAGUCACUGUUUUCUUUCAUGGGAAAAGCUGGGAUUUAUGAAUGAGAGAAGUGCAAGAUCAGUAAGUUAGAGUAACUUAAGCUUUGUAUUUGCUCUUAUAUACUGUAGUGCACUAUUUACUAGCUGAAUGUGUGUUGACAAGUGCACAGAUUUAUUCUGUAUGUGAAUGCAAAUAUUAUUUAUGAAGAGUAUUGAAGUGAAUUUUAGUUAAUUUGCUCUCAAAUUAGCAUCAAGAGCAUUAGUGUCUAAGGUUAUAUAAAUGCUCUGGUAUGGCCAGUUUAAAUGGUAUAGAUAUUUAUCGUUUCUUUUGUCAGUUUAUCAAUUUGACAAUACAGUACAUGAUUUGCAAAGAUUUACAUAGUACAGCACAGAAUAUAAUCAUUUUGAUGCCACAAGCAGGUAAGUUUGCAAGGUCUUCAUAAGAAAGUUCACUUACAUUAUUAUGUUCAAUAUUGUACAGUAUUUUCUUGCCUAUCCAGUAAAUUGUUUGAAUUAUUUAAUAUUGGAGUUUCUCUUGCAGCUUCCCUGCUAUGUGCAAGACAAAGAUGUAUAAUUCAAUAAAUCCAUUUUGAUUUUGUAAUGACUGGUUGUCUAAAACAUAUUUCAUAAUAGAAAUAUAUAUAAUGUAGCCAAGAGAAAAUAGCAUAGUGGAUUUACCGUGACAUUCAGGGUCUGUAAACGGGUCACUAUCUUCCUUUGUACUACAGAAUAUACAGUAUCUAUAGAGUUAACUAUCAUAAGUAUGUUCCAUUCAAGCAUUGCAAGCUAAACAAGGUUUGAUUUGGCAUUGACUUGUGCUCUUUCCUUCUUUAUACUAUUUACUCUCAUACUUUGUGAGGGAUAUUUUAGUGAGCAAGGCUGUGACUCUAGUCACCUGAUGCUUUAAGAGAGAUGCUUUAUCAACAUUGUUAGACUAAACAUAUGUGCUGUUGUUUAGCUAUUUGUUCUUGUCCUUUAUAUCCUCUUUGUGGCUUUCCAGUGGUUCAUACCAGUUCUUUAAGAUGGUCUGUACUGUGCCAUUUGUUUUACUUUUGAUAUGGCCGGUCAUAUUAGAUUAUGAGAUCGGGUAGGAAGACCAGUUGGCCAUGUAAGCACUAUCGUAGGGGAUAUAACAAGGAGGCUACUCUGUUUCCCUUCAUUGGGUCUUUCUUUACUUUGGCUACGCUCUACACUGCCACUUGAUCGCUGCUCCAUUUUAGAUCCAUUGUAGCCCAGUCAUUGCUAUACAGUAUAGUCUUCCGAGCUUGAUAUCUUUUGAUAAUGACUUGACUUCACUUUUUCUUUGACUUUUUCCAUUCUUUGUUUCCUUUUAGCUGUCUUGCAUUUUAUUUUUUUUGACUUGCAUAUGUUUGUUGAGGGUCUUCAUUCUCUCAUAGUCAUAUUUCAUUGCACGCAGAUGGUGACUGCUUCACUUUAAUGAUACCUACAGCAGCACAGAUUACCCCGACAAAUAUUACAGGUUUUCCUCCAAGAAUGUAUCACUUGUAGGUAUUGGAAAUGUCUGAGGAAGAUUAUUCAUAGAGCUUCACCUACAAACAUGGAAAUUUCCCAAAGCCUUUUGACGGGAACUAAAAUAGCGUAUAAUGUUUAAAAUUCUGUGUUGAACAAUCCUGAAGAAGACCUGACAUUUAAAUUGCAGUGUGUGCUGCAGAUUCAUAAAAGCCAGUUUAUGUAACAAAUGUUUGCCAAGAUUAUUGCAUGAUAUUUAAAUUUAAGAAAUUAGAUGAUACUGGAGGCAUAAAUGUCUUUGCAAGUUUACAUCACUUUUUUAAAAGUAUUUAAGCCAUUUUUUUUCACGAGGGGCCAGUGAUUGCUAUAUACAGGUACUGUACUGUUAUUGGUGUUAUGAUGUUAAUUCUCUCAUAUAAGGUGAAUGCAAAUACAGUAAUAGAUGUAAAGAAAUUAAACUCUGAAAUGGCAGUUUACGAAGCUUAGAACUGUUAGGAUGCUUAGCAGUAGCUCUGGAUGCAACUGAUUUUGCCUCAAGGUUUUAUAAAAAUAAAUGCGAGAGUUGUAACUGUGCAUAUGCACAUAAAUAUUACAUAAUGAAAUAAAGAAUUUAUGUACAAUAAAAGCUGCUUUACA